AGUUACUUGUUAACCUGUUAUAUAUGUCUGAGGUGGCAUCAAGUGAUAAGGAUUUUUCCGAUACAGCUACUACAGUCGCGACCGAGGAAGAGCCCACUCGCCAUAUCGAUGCUACGGCACUGAAGGUGACCUAUAAUCCAGUACGGUCUUCUCUACCUCUUCUGAGCUCUCUCAAGUGGGGUGAGACUUUCACUGAUCAUAUGUUGACUAUUGACUAUGAUGCUGAUAAUGGUUGGCAUGAUCCUGUCAUCGCUCCUUUUGGUGAGCUCUCGAUUCAUCCAGCGUCAACAGUCCUACACUAUGCAGUGGAGUGUUUCGAAGGGGCUAAGGUGUUUAAAAACAAGGAAGGUGUAAUCACAGAGUUUCGUCUGCGAGAUAAUAUUCGGCGAUUUGCCAGGUCUAUUGAGCGGAGCGGUGUUGCAGCUUUUGAUAAAACGGAUGAGGAAGCUCUAUAUGCGCUGAUAAGAGAAUUGGUUCUGAUCGAUGAGAAUCUGAUCCCGGACGAGUAUGGAUAUUCCUUGUAUAUUCGUCCAACGUUCAUAGGAACUGAGCCCAGUUUGGAAGUCGCUGCGGGAUCUCGCGGGAAACUCUACGUUAUUUGCAGUCCAGUUGGACCGUUCUUCCCUUGCGGGUUCAAGCCAGUGUCUUUACUAGCAUGCACUCGUAACGUUCGGGCGUGGCCUGGAGGUUCUGGGGGUUUCAAACUGGGGAGUAAUUAUGCUCCGACUCUGAUGCCCGCUAAAACGGCGAGCAAAGAAGGAUAUACACAAAUAUUAUGGCUCCUGCCGUUGCGGGAUGGGGAGGGUCAGUUGAAGCACCACAUCACAGAAGUUGGUUCUAUGAAUGUAUUCUUUGUGUUUGAAGAUGAUAGAGGUGUUGAGAUCGCUACUCCGCCGACUAAGGAUAUAGUCCUACCGGGUAUCACUCGAGAUUCGGUUUUGAAGAUUCUGGGGGCCGAUGGAAAUCUGCGAGUUUCGGAGAGAGAUGUUACUAUGGAGGAGCUUCUCGAGCGAUAUCGCCGUCGAGAGGUAUUGGAAAUUUUCGGUACCGGCACUGGUGCGAUUGUAUGCCCUGUUAAAAGUGUAACGUAUGAGGACGUUGAAAUUGAUGUACCUGUAGAUGAAGCAAUCGGGGCAGGCCCGAUAUGCAGAAAGAUACUCGAUGAGAUUCAGGAUGCUCAGCAUGGGAAGGGUCCGUUCGCAAGUCUCUGGACCAACGAAUGGAAUGAAUCGAUGAGGAUUUAUCACUAAAUACCUGCCUAUAAUCUUCCCAGCGGCAUCAG